CGGCGCCGCGGCUCUUUGUCCCCUCGCCUGCACGUCUGGGGGGUCCCCUCGCCGCCCCAGAACCCCGCCACGCCCUGAGCUGGCCCCGCUGCCGCCCCCAGCUGCCGCGGGACCCCCGCCCCCAUGGGGGACGCGCCGCUGCCCGAGCUGGAGGCGGUGCUGGACGGAGGCGCCUGGGAUGUGGGGGCGGCUUUCGAGGGGUCCCCCGCGCCCCCCGGGGUCCGCCUGGGCAGGAACGUUUGCUACGUGGUGCUGGCCGUGCUCUUCAACCAGGAGGACGCGCUGCUGCUGGUGCAGGAGGCCAAGCCCGAGUGCCGGGGCCGCUGGUACCUCCCCGCGGGCCGCAUGGAGCCGGGCGAGGGCAUCGUGGCGGCGCUGCGGAGGGAGGUGCGGGAGGAGUCGGGGCUGGACUGCGAGCCCCUGACGCUGCUGGCGCUGGAGGAGAGGGGCCCGGCCUGGAUCCGCUUCGCCUUCCUGGCACGGGCCACAGGUGGGACCCUGAAGACCCUGGAGGAGGCAGACUCCGAGUCCCUCCAAGCCACCUGGUGGCCCGGGGACCCCCGCUCGCUGCCGCUGCGCUCUCCGGACAUCCUGCCCGUGCUGGAGCUGGCCGCCCGCUACCGCCGCAGCCCCCCGCACCCCCCGACGCUGCCGCGGGAGCUGCCCUGCUCCCCGCUCUGCCUGCGGCUCCUGCUGCCCUUCUCCAACGCCGCGGGCGAGCUGUGGCUGCUGCUGGCCACCGCCGGCACCCCGCACCUGCCCGUGGUGGCCUGCGGCACGUCCCCCUCCGAGCUGCGUGCGGGGCUGCGCCCGCCGCUGCUGCGGCUGCUGCGGGAGCGCCUGGCCUGGGAGCCGCAGCCCGCGGCUCUGGGGCUGCUGGGGCUGCAGCACAGCCCUGGGGGCUCUGGGGACACCGAUGGCAUCUGCUUCAACGUGCUGCUGAGCGUCCCCCCGGACAGCCGGCGGGAGCAGCCCCCCGAGCCCCGCGACCCCGCGCUGCGCUGGUGGCCCGUGCGGGACGAGGGGCUGCGGGGCCGCGUCCUGCGGAGGCUCCGUGCCACCGUGCCCGUCCGGAGCUAGGGCACGGGAAACCUGGGUUUGGGAAUGGGGGGGCUGGGAGGGGCGAAGGGGGAGCCUCGGGAUGUGCUGGCCGGGGAUGGGGGUGCUGCGGGGCUGGGUGCUGCUCUGGGGGUGCCGAGAGCAGAA